CAAAGUACCAUACUAACUAAUUUUGUAUAGUUUGCAGAUUUAGGACUAAAAGAAGAUAAACAGCUAUCAUGGCGCAGCGCUGCUGAUGCUGUGGAAGCCGCCAUGCUUAGCGGUGAUGCUGUCGUAGUAGUCAACGCACUUCAUCAGCCACAUGAUCUAUUGCAGCAAGUUGAGCAGCUUCCAGGAGUCGUAAUAACGAGUGCAGUUGAUGACAAAGCAACACUUGCCGAAAUUGGCAUCGAUCAAAGCAAUGAACAUGAUCUGUGUACACUUCUAGAAGAAAAGUUUAACAUUGUUAUUCAGAAAGAUAAAGUUCCAUAUAUGACUGUUGGGCAACUCAAAAACAUAAAGCAAAUAGAAGACAAAACAAAUAUGCCAGGAUUAAGCGGUUACAUCUCUCAAAUUGUUCGCGACGAAGUUAUUGCAACUACAGAGUUUGUGUAUAUGCCUACACUUACACAUACACCAAAUAUGCAAAUUGAUGAAUUUGAUAACGAUGAAACAUUUUUAUACAUCGUGCCUGGCCUGGCGGAUAGCCACGAACAAUUUGAAGAGAUGUGCGAACUUCUGAAGCUACCUGCUGUAGUUUUGCAUUUAGGCAUGGACGAAUAUCGAGAGAAUUUACAAGAAAUAGCCCAACGACUAGUAGAGGUACUAAUGAAAAAGUUGAAAAUUAAGAAUCAAUUCCAACUUUUGGGAUAUGAAUUUGGCGUACCUGUUGUAAUGGAAAUGGCAGCAAUAUUGGAAAGCUAUGGGCUAACGGGCACCGUGUACUGCCUCGGCGGCACAGCGUCCGACAUCCAAGCCGACCUGGAGCACAAGCUGCGCGGCAUGUCGGAGCAGUCGUUGCAGGUGUCGCUGCUGCAGCACGUGCAGCGCCUGCUGCUGGGUGAGUCGCGCCCGGCGCUGCAGCACGAGCUGCGCGCGCUGCCGCAGUUCCGCGACAAGGUGCGGCGCGUGGUGCGCGCGCUGCGCGGCCGCGUGCCGCACUCGCGCCAGUACGUCGCCGCGCUGCUGCGCGCCGUGCACGCGCGCACGCGGCUGCUGCGCGACUGCCGCACGAGCUUCACCACGCUCAACGCUAAGGUGAUCAUCCUGCGCGCCAGGCUACACGACACGUCACCGCGGGAAUGUCCGGAGCUCUCGCAUCAGAAUGUCGUAGUUCAUCAACUGGAUGCUACACUUGAGCAUACGCCGCGUGAUCUACGAUGUUCUUCGUUAAUUAAUAAGUAUUUAGGCAGUGAUAUAUUGUCCAAAUUUUAUAAAAGAAACCGCUGUUUGAAAGAACCGAUUAAUCCAGAAUACGUUUAAGUUAAAGGGUGCAGUAUAAUUUUAUUAAUUUUACUAUCAGUGUUUCUGGAGUAUUU